UUUUGAGAUGUGGUUGUGUUGUUUAUUUGGGCAGCCUGAGGGGGAAUCCCAGCUGCAUCAUAGAUCUAGUAUUGCAUUCGGAAAUGAAUCAUGGCCUCAAAAGAUGCUAGGAUUGAAGUAAUCAGGGAUGAGAUAGAAGGAACGAACCUAGGUUUAGGCACAAGUGAUUUACAGCUUAUAUAUGGAGCAUUGUUUGAAGUGAGGGCUAAGUGGCGGCCGAUAGGUCUGGAGCUGAGUUUGACUCCAGGUACCCUGGAGGCAAUCGAACAGGAGAAAAGCAAAACGUCCAAUCGAUUAGAGGCGGUCCUGCUUGAUUGGCUACGGGUGACAAGAGGAGCCUCAUGGAAACAAGUGAUUGAUGCUCUACGGUCAGCUCUGGUCGGUGAAAUUCAACUAGCAGAGAAGUUGGAGCUGAAGUACUGUCCUCCAGAAACUGGCCACAGGGAGAAAAGGAAGUAUAGAAGCGAUGAUGAACAGCAACUGACAAAUGAUAUCAAAACCAUUGAGAAGAAGUUUACUAACCUGCAAACAGCAACGAGAGAAUCUUUGAAGAAGAGUGACACUGUUGACUUGCUUUCCCUGGUAGCCCUCCUCACAUCGUAUCGAUCGUCCCGUGCUGUGAUUGAGAGUGAGAGUAACAUGCUGCUUGCCCACCAGCAGGAAGAGCUCAGAAGGGCUGCUAGUGUUGACGAAGUCUUUGUCAUCGUCUCUCCAUUUUGGUCAUUCCUUGACUUUGAGAUUCUAGAAGACGUGAUUAAUAAGUUUGGAGCUGAAAGUGAUCAAAGUGAUUUGGCUACGUAUUUCAUUGAGCUCAGAGAAUUUCUCAACACAUGGAAAGUAGAGCCUUGCAAGAACAGCCGAUUGGACGAUGAUAAAAAAAGAGUCAAAUUUUGCUUCAAGCUUGACGCUGAAUCUCUUGCAAUUUAUCGUGACCUAAAGGCUGCUAUUGCUAGGAUUCUUAAAGUGCCUGUCUACACUUUACACUUGCAUUCAAUCGAGGAUGGUUCCAUUCAGCUUAUUUUUUUCUUUCUAGGGAUAGUACAAUUAUCAUUUCACCAGUGUGAUCAAAUUGCACAAAUAAUUCCUUCUGUGCUAAAGGUGUCAUUAAUUCAUGGAUCAACAAGUGAAAUCAUCUUUGAGAACAAAAUGGCUGAAAAUGAGAUUACAACUGAAAUCAGAAAGAAAGUGCAGGCUGCUGUCGAAGCUGUAGCCAAAGAAAAGUUUAAUGAGUCAUCUCACAUUGACAGAGUUGACUUGCAGACAUUCCUCGAUGCUAUUAGUGUGACAAGAAUUGAACCUGUCGCCCCAUCAUGUGUACUCGGGGGUCAACAACUCGUUGAGACCAAUCGUACAGAACGAGAAUACUUGUUUCCAGGCAACCCCUCUGCUAAUGCAAGCGCACAUUUAAACUUAGCUCAACAACCGCUAACUGGUGCAAUCGAAGGUAGUGUCCAUUUCACUGCAAAUGAACAGCUUGAUGAGCAACCAAGACCUAUUCCACCUAACGCCCAAAGGAAACACAAGCAAAAUAUCUCGACUCACAUUUUGUAUCUAACUGUUCAAGCCGACUGUCUGGUUCGUGUAUACGGUAGUAAACCACUUGUGAUUGGUGCUUCAGCUGUUGGCACUGCCACAGGGAUUGCUGGAGGCGCUGUUGCUGGCAUUGCUGGAGGGACAACUUUGGCUGGUUCCCUUGCCCCUGUAGCUGGAGGUGGUGUUGUCGCUUUGGCUAUCCCUUUGGCUGGCACUGCCUCAGGAUUUGCUGGAGGAAUAAUUGGAGGGGCUUUGAUUGGUUCCGUUGUCCCUGUAGCGGGUGCGAUUGUGGGCGGAAUUGUUGGCGCAAUUCUAGGUGGUCUUGGUAUGAGGGGCCGUGGUGCUGGAGUUGGAACAGGUGUUCGCAUUGGAGCUGUCGAUAGCAAGAGAACGUACAAGAUGAUUCAAGCUCACGAAGUUUUCAAAAAGUUACAGAAUUUCUCAGUCGACAAAGCCAAUGCUUGUCAUUGUACUAUUGUUGCUAACACUUUUAGCUCUUUAGAUCACCGUAUCCUAUAUGCAAAUGAUUGACUUUGUAGCAUUGCAUUCUCCUAUUAUAAUUAUACAAAAGUGUUGAACUCCUGUAGUAUAUGUGGAACCGCAUUUGUCUUAAAUUGCGUCAUCACUAUUCAAUUAAUGAGGCUGUGAGUCAUAGGUAGUGGAGGGAGGGGGAUGGAAACUCGAUCACGUGGGCUUAUGUUUUCUACAUGUGCUGAUGUCAGAUGCAUUGUAUAUUUCCUGGGAAAUAAGCGCGCACACUUCUAGAUCUAGUCUUCCCAUUUUGAGAUUAAAUGCGAUGUGAACGUGCAUGCAUGCUUGCUAAUAAUUAUUAUGGUUGUGUGUUAUGGAGGGGCAUCUGUGCCAGUAUUGGCCGCGUUUCGGCUAGGCAAUAGGGUACAAUUUCGAUUUGCGCAAGGGCAUUUCUAGCUGGGACAAAAUCCGAGCCGGGCAAUACCUGAGCCAACUGCGCUGUGCUAAUGCUGUUUUGCCAAAACUAUUAGAAGAGGUGAAGAGGUAUAGUUAUGUAUAAUGUUCCGUUAUUAUUGUUGAUUGCAUUUGUUGACAGAAUUGAAUUCCGCACAGUCAUUAUAGGAGAGGAGCUGAAUGGAAACAGAAGCCUAUCUGAUGGCUUGACUUGAAGCAACUGCAUGUUAUUUACAUGGUCUGUAGCCAAACAGUCAGUGGGAGCAAAGCACAGAGUAACAGGGCCGUAAGAAGAUGUUUUAGGUGAGGGGCAGAAAAAUGAAUGGGGGGCAAAGCCCCCACGCGGCGGAGGGUCCGGGAGAUGGAAAUUCGACAUAAUUUGGCUGAGUAUGUCACUGAGCUCAAUAAAGAUUGCUAUUGCUAAGUCCAAGUCUAUGCUUUGCACUUGCAUUCGAUUGAGUCCGGUUGCAUUCUGGUUGUCAAUGUUUUGUUUACUUACAUUGAUAGAGCCGAAAAUUGGGUUUUCCUUACAUAUGUAGUGGACUCACUUUUUCAAUGUCUUCAUGCGUGUCUUGUAAUCACAGUACAUGCACACUCCCUGCAGCUGAGAUUCCUGAUGGUUCGGUUGCGAUCUUCCUGGCAGCCCCGGCCAUUGCCCUGGCCAACAGCGCUAGCAAACCAAUGGGUCACACUGCACCACCUCAGGGCCCCACGACCAAGAGGGAUGUGGAAUAGGCCAUGAAAGAGGGUCAAAGAGGCAAUGAUGGCCAUUGAGGCCAGUGUCGUGGUGCCAGAGCAAGUACCUGUAGUCACCAUCAGAGGGCCACCAAAGACAUGAUGAAGUUGCAGACAUGCUAUGAUCGAGUGGGGGCCUCCUCCCUGCGUACCACGGUCACAGUGGAACAGGAGGGAAGGGGACAGGGGCGGACGUUGGGAACCCCCAAAAGAGUGCAGUUCAGUAAAGAUGUCCAAACACUCACUACUAGCUCUCCUAGAAACACUGCUAGAACCAGCUCUAGAUUUAGAGACAGUACUGUGUAAUUUUGAUGAUGUGGUUGUGUGGUUAAUUUGCCAUCAA